AUGGAGGAGAUGAGGAAAGCGUUAGAAGCGCACAGUAAGGCAAUGAGGAAAGAGUUUAGAGAGAUGAAAGAACAAAUAAGGAAAGAUAUGGAGGAUGCUAAUAAUAAACAAAUCAAGGAAUUAGAAAAAUGGAAAAACGAGCAACAGCGAGAAGUAGAGAAAUGGAAAAAUGAGCAGAAGCAAAGAAUAGAGGAAUGGAGGAAAGAAGAAAGAAAACUGGUGCAGGAUGUGCAGAGAGAGAACAGAGAUUUGAGAGAGAGAGUAAAAGAAUUGGAAAAGUAUAAAUUGGAGCAAGAAAAAAAAGAGAGAAGAUGUAAUAUAGUAAUAAAAGGCGCGGAAGUAGAAAAUAAACCAGUGAGACAGGCAGUAAAAGAAGUGUUAGAGAAGAUCGGGGAAGAGAAGAAUGUGAAUGUAAUAGAUGCGUUUAAGAUACGGAACGAGAUAAUUGUAGCGAAAAUAAGUAGUACAGAGGAAAAAUCAGUGAUUAUGAGAAAUAGAGCGAAGCUGAGAGGAACGAAUGUGUAUAUUGAUGAUGACCUAACGAAAUAUGAAAGAGAGAGACAGAGUAGAUUGAGAGUGUGGGCGAAUGAUAGGAGAAAAGAUGGAAUGAAUGCGAGAGUGAAAUAUGGAAAAGUGGUGAUGAAUGGAAAAGAGUAUGUAUGGGAUGAUUGUGAAAAAAGAAUGAGAGAGAAGGGUUUUCAAGAAGUGCUCACAGUGUAA